AUGCAGAGAGAGCAGAAGCUAAAGUUGAGGGCUGAAGCGGGAUCCUUGAAGGGGACUUCGGGUGGGGAUGAGGCUGUCGCGUAUGCCGCCCAGCAUAGGGGCUACUCGAGCUUAGAGAAGGGCCGGGAAGCUCAAACGCGCUGGGAAAAAGCUCGGAGGGGUCCGGUCGUGGGGAACGGGGUGUGCGCCACGGCAAAGAGGCCGGUAAGAGCAGAAAGCGUGGUGAAAAAGACGGUGAAGGUCGUGGAGGUCGAUCUAGACGAGUCGGACGACGAGAAUGGGGGCGUCGAACGAGAGAGGGGAACUUUUGUGGGGGCGGACGAAGGGCCGCGCACAGGUUCCAAAAUGGUCGAGAAAGGGGUGAAGUUCGAAACAGCGCGCGAGGGGGACGCGCACGCGCCCGCGACGGAUCGCGGCCGCGCCGCGCGCACGAUUUCAAAGAAAGGUCGAAGUGGGCCGAUUGUGGAAUUGAUGCGCGAAGUUGUACACAGGGCAAAUGUGGAAGCAGCAACGGAAGCCGUGGGAGCCGAAGAGCCGGAGCACGGAGUGGAGAAGACGUCGUCGGAGACGAGCGACGCAGUGCACUACCAGGAGAGCGAGAGUGACGACAGUGGAGGCGUGUGGGUGACGCCAAAGGCGAAGAAGACAGCCCUCAAGAGGAGCGUGACGAGUUAG